UAGGGUCAGGGGAGGGGUCUGUAAAUUGCUCAUUGCCUUUUAGGUCCGGAACAAGAAGGGCGCCAAAAGAUCUUGAAUCACCAACCGCUGCCACCUGCCGGAAGCCACUGCUUGGGCGUGUUUCUCCAGCUGGAGAGAGGCAUAUCCCGUGAGCCCGCGAGCGCAUCCCGUGAGCCCGCGGGCGUUCGAGGACUACGACUCCCGGCAUGCUCCGAGGCCUCUGGGGUUAACCCUUCGGGACCCGCAGCCUCCCAGCGCCCCGCCUCCGCCCUUACCUGGAUCCCGCAGGAGAUGGGUGCCCCCAUCGGCACACUGUCCUUUGGCCACCGGACAUCAUGCCUCCCAAGAAGGAUGUUCCUAUGAAGAAACCAGCAGGACCCUCUAUUUCCAAGCCUGCUGCCAAACCAGCAGCAGGGGCUCCUCCAGCCAAGACCAAGGCUGAGCCAGCACCAGCACCAGCACCAGCUGUCCCUCCAGCCCCUCAGAAAACCCAGGAGCCCCCCAUCGAUCUCUCCAAAGUGGUGAUCGAGUUUAACAAGGACCAGCUGGAGGAGUUCAAGGAGGCCUUUGAGCUGUUUGAUCGAGUGGGGGAUGGCAAGAUCCUGUAUGGCCAGUGUGGGGACGUGAUGAGGGCCCUGGGCCAGAACCCCACCAACGCCGAGGUGCUCAAGGUCCUGGGGUAUCCCAAGAGUGAUGAGCUGAAGUCCCGGCGUGUGGACUUCGAAACUUUCUUGCCCAUGCUCCAGGCGGUAGCCAAAAACCGGGGCCAAGGCACAUAUGAGGACUACCUGGAGGGCCUUCGGGUGUUUGACAAAGAGGGGAACGGCAAAGUCAUGGGAGCAGAGCUCAGACAUGUCCUCACUACCCUGGGAGAGAGGAUGACCGAAGAGGAGGUGGAGACUGUUCUGGCAGGACAUGAGGACAGCAAUGGCUGCAUCAACUACGAAGCCUUCCUGAAGCACAUCCUAAGCGUCUGAGCCCUCCCACUCCGACUGGGGAGAUGCAGUGGGGCCGGACACUGCCCCUCCCCCCCUUCCCCGGCAGGCGGAAGCACGUUCCUGCCACUGGGAGGCCACCUAUUGUUUCAAAAUAAAGACACAGUUCAACCCUC